AUGUUUAUCUUUUACAGAACGUUCGUUGUCUUUGGCGGCUAUGGUGAUCAACGUUUUUCCAAAUUACAGUCAAAUAUUAAUCAAUUGCUCAAUGGUGACAAAGGUAAUGUUGAUGAUGAAGCAUCUCCUUAUUACCAACAACUUCUUGAUUCAAUUAAAUAUUUCGAUGUUUGUUUUAAUAUUGAAAUUAAAUCAAAAGACUUUAAAGGAUGGAGUAGUAGUGAUAUUGUUGUUGAUAAAGAUGUGAAGAAUGAACAAAUCAUAGUUUUUGUCGAACAAUAUGCUCAAACAUCUAAAGGAUUAACUAUGCUUAUUGGUGUUUUAUCAUUUGGAAUUCAGGGCAAGGGAAAAUUGUUUGUCAUCAAUCAAUUGGGAAUAACUACUUACAACGAUAAAACAUCACUUGAAUAUGAAUUUUUGAAUGAUGCUGCACAACAUUUUCAAUCGCAUUCAACAGCUUUAGGUGGUAUUAAAUGUGAAGGAGAUCCGGCUAUGCAAUUAUUAAAUUAUAGUCGUGAUUUAUUUCGUCAAAUUGAACAAAACUUUUACAAAAGUCAACAAAGUUUGUCAGAUUCUGAUCAAGAAAUGUGUAAGCACUAA